CCAAAUAUUGGGUUUGCUUUGAUCCCAGAAUAACGCGUGCGUCUUAAACCACAUCAACGCUUUUGAACUGACGCAAACAUAGCAACAUUGUUUGAAGUUACUCCAGCUAACAUCCUGGAACACAGGAUGAAAACAUUGGUGAUUAUGUGGACAGUAUCCCGUCCGAUUAGCGAAACUAUUGACGAGCGGUCGUGAUUUCUGUGGGAUGUGAAUAAUGGCAAUGCUAGGCUAGCUUUUUUUUUCCUCCAAAAUCCUAGCAAGCUACUAUAGUCAUAAAUAGUCUACAUAGCUAUAGCUAAAUAAUAACACUGUAAUUACCCUGAGUUCGUCUCUCUCGGCCUCCCAGCGAUAUUUCUCGGCCUGGAAGCGUCCCCAUUCGAACUGGAUAAAGUGCAAGAUCCCAGGAAGCGAUAGGCCUGCGUCGCCGUCUUGCGGUUCCCGAGGCUGCGACGAUCCAGCCAUCGCCCCGGCCGCUGAUGCCGCCGCGGCCGCUUCUGUCGUCGCCUGCCCGAGUACCGAUUUCGGCCCGUUCGGAUUGCGCCCCACGCCGCUGCCUCCAGAGUUCUGGUUCGUUCCCCCUGCUACUCCGCCGGAUCUUUCCGCCUCCAUUUUAGCGCUCUCGCUUUCGCCAGGACAAGGAGGUGGAAAACAAGCAGCGGUAAUAAUAACAACCCAACCCUCACAGACCCAGCACAAGCACUCUACCCUUCUUUCUUCCUCUCUCGCGUAAAGAGCAACUGCAAUAACUCAUGGAGAAAAGGGUGCCAAAAAAUGAGCUAAGAGCAAAUCCACUACUGCUUCGACGGGGAAUCGUUUUUUUCCAUGAGUGGUAACCAGGGACGUCGUUCCUGCCAUAUUGUGAUCUCACGCAAGCUUCCUGUGAUUAUUUCCUGAAACGGCAAAGCAAGGCUAUUCCAGCAGCUGGCCAUUAUUAUUCCGGCGCACAUAGGCUGUAGCUCUUUACUGAUGGGGUCCUGAUGUUUAUGGACAGGCUUUCUGAAUAGAGAGCUCCAUCCUAUAGCUUUCCCUGAGCCAGACGAGUGCAGCAAGAGGUGCCAUGCGGGUGAGUUUCUGCCAGGGCCUUCUGACUGGAGCCAUUGUUCUGAACCUGCUCAUCCUCUACUAUGUGUCCCGAGCCCAGCAGCAGAUGAUGGAGAAACGCCGGGACCCAGGAAGGGGCUCCAGGAAGGCUGCUUUACCUGCGUCCGGGCUGGGGGGCGGCAUGGGGGGCCUGGUGGGGGUUGGCGGGGGGAUGGUUGGCCCUGGAGGUGUCGGGGGAGAGGGGAACAGCCACGGCCCCCGUGUGACUGUCCUCCUACGGGAGUUUGAGGACUUUGAGAACUACGUCGGUGAUGUGGCACGCUCCUUCCUGCACCAGAGACCUGAGCUGCCCUUCUUGGCUGUGUCUGACACCCCGCCCUAUCCCCCUCUGUCUCUCCCCGAUGGGGCCCGUCUCCUGGUGCUCUCCCCCAGCCCAGAGCAGCCUCCGCAGGCCCACCGGCCAGAGUUCCACGUCCAGACAGAGUUUGUGCUGCUGGUGCCUGACGGGGUGGAGCUGGAGCAGGGCCGGGCUGUGGAGAGGCUGAUCCGGGAGCUGGAGGGGGAAGGUGGGGGGCCCGUGAGGCUGGUGGCGGCCCCCGUGUUGGCGCGCUCGGCCGUCCAGUGCCUGCACCUGCGGGUCAGUCUGAGAGAGUGGACGGCCACCUACACCCCAGCGGCGUCUGGGAGCAGUGGUAGCGUGUGCACAGCCCUUCAAGGGGACGCAGUGGUCCUCAUCCGCUCUGAGGACCUCUUCAACCUGUCUGUCCCACUGGGGAGGCCCCUGCUGCCCUCGCUCUUCAUCCAGACCUCCCUGCAUGGCUGGAAGGUCAAGCUCCUGGAGAGCCCCUGCUUCUCCACCAGCCACCGGCCUCUCUUCAGCUCAGCCCACAACCAGUGGAAGGCAGACAGCCACCUGAAGGAGGCCACUAGCCGGCUGAUGAGGAACUUUGGGCUGAAGCGUCUGCUACUGGCUGAUGGGAAGGAGCAGUGGCACGGCUGUGGGAAGGAGACGGAGCGUUGCUUCAGUACGGUCCGGGACGACACCCCUGAGUACCUGUACCUGGAUCGCUGGACCCCUCCAUGCUGCCUGCGCGCCCUACGAGAGACCACCAAGUAUGUGAUCAACAUCCUGGAGAGCUCCGGGGUGCGCUACUGGCUGGAAGGAGGCUCCCUGCUGGGGGCGGCCCGCCACCAGGACGUCAUCCCCUGGGACUAUGAUGUGGACCUGGGCAUCUACCUGGAGGACGUGCCCAACUGUGACUACCUGAAGAACCUGGACUCUGGUUCUCUGGUGGAUGCUAACGGCUAUGUGUGGGAGCGGGCAGUGGAGGGGGACUUCUACCGGGUGCAAUACAGCGAGGCCAACCACCUCCACGUGGACCUGUGGCCCUUCUACCCGCGGAACGGCGUCAUGACCAAAGACACGUGGAUGGAGCACAAGCAGGAUGUGGAGUUCCCCGAGCACUUCCUGCAGCCGCUGGUGCCGAUGCCGUUCGCCGGCGUCACCGCCUACGGCCCGAACAACCACCGCGCCUUCCUGGAGCUCAAGUUUGGGGAGGGGGUCAUCGAGAACCCCCAGUACCCCAAUCCUGCCAAGAAGAGGCUGGACAGGAGCCGGCUGUGAGGGAGGGGUGUGGCUGGGACCUUUGGGGUUUUCAUGUGGCCCCACCAAAAGGACAAAACGAUUCUAGCCACAACCCGAAACAUAUUGGUAGCAAUCCGUGAUUGGGUCACAAGUGGGUAUCCUUUGGGAAUAACUGUCCUCAAGGUUGCCAAAAUGCACGGAUCAAUGAAAAGUCCCUGGAGGGAAGUGGUUAAGAGAGAACCGGCGCUGCUGCUCUAACCCGGGCCAGCCACACUGAUGCCACGGACAAGUGUGUUUGUUUGAUUUACUGCCUGCCUUUGUCAUCUGUCUCUUUAACACAAGAUCCUCCCCGUGGGGGAAGCAACGGGCUGCACGUUACGUCAGGAGGCGUGACUGACUGACCUCUGUCAGAACCGUGUCCGUCACUGCGCCUGAGACUGUGGAACAGGGCCUGUUUUCAUAAAGCGUCUGUCUGGUUGAGUAGGAGUGCCGAUCUAGGACCAGGUCCCCGGCGUCCCAUGUCAUCUUAUUCUGCGUGAUUUAAAAGGCAAAACCGAUCCUAGAUCAGCACUUUAUGGAACACAAGAGGACUGCUGCUGACCUACAUGACAGGUCGACUGAAGACUCCUUGCAGAGGUCCAUUAUUCUGUAUAAGCUGUGAAUUAAGUAUAGAGACAGAGUAUUUAUACAUUCAAAACGGUAUUCUGUUGCACAUCAUUUUCCGGUACAUAAAUUACCAGGUAUUUAGUAAGAAAUUCUAUGGUAAAAUGGUAAUUACACAGUAAUUCUAUAUUUUUUUUAAAUAUUUUUUUUUUUUUUUUGGGGGGGGGGGUUAUGAAUUGUUUUGAAAUCUUUGAUGUAGUAACAUAAAGUAUUAGUUGUCAUUACCACAGUUUUCUGGUAGUUAUCAGGUGAUCAUUAAAGUGCUACCAGAUAUCUAAUGGCAUAUACACCACAAUAUCAGCUGCUGUUAAGGAAUAUCUGACACAAUCAGUGUUGAUGGCUGUGUUAUUAUUGAUAUUAGGAAUAUACAUGUGUUGGUCAAUUCUGUCCUAAAGCUAAAGAUGUACUCCAUGAAAUAGAUGUGUGGAUUUGUUGCACUGAUUCACUUUCUUAUUUUCAAUUUGUUUACUUCAUGUUCAGGGUACGAUAUGUAUGACUUUUGACAUUUUGAACUGUCAACUGAUGCCACUGGGUAGGCUUUGGCAUGUCCCAUCAGCAUGAUGAUUGUGGCUGUCCAUUUCCCAGUGGUAAAAUGAGGAGCUUUCUCUUCAACUCUGACUUGGGUAUUCAUGUCAUGAUUAAAGCUCCGUCAGUCCAUUCAGGUGCAUUCAAAUCCCAGGUAUGAAUGAUAAAAAACUGAACUAUCCAAUAUACUAAAUGAAAUGUGUGUGUCAUCUGUUGAGUGUUGCUGUUUCAUUAGUGUCCUGCCUUGACUGGAAUGUAUAAAGUAAUCUGAAUUGUGAGUGAAAGACUGAUAUCUGAUAGGUGCCACUUGUUUGCGCUUGACCUAUCGUUUUACAAAAAUGCACAAAAGAACUCUUGCUGUCAAUGUGUGUCGCUCCAUUUCAUGUAC